AUGGUGAAGCGACUUUCAGUAUUUGACACAUUUUCUAUAGGUAAGCUGGUAAUUAGUUGAGGCCAUAAUCAUGUAUGAGGCUUCGUAACACCUAGGCAUUGGCACCCAAUGUUCCAUCUAAGCUGUGUAUGCUCACAUUUCAGCAAAUUAUUUUUUUUGGCUGCUGCUUUUCUUCAGAUGAACUAUAUGAAAUGCUAAUACCAGAGAUCUCACCUGGAUUUUAUGCUUUAUCCAGUUUUGUUGACCUGUCUUUCUGCUCAGAACAUUGAAGACUUUUUUUGGAACAAUGUCAUCAUCUUGUUGUCCAUCCCAAAGAUCUCCAUCCAGCAGCCGCAGCAUUCCUGUUGACGUACAACAACACUCUUUAGACUCUGACCUGGUUUUGAGACAGAGGAAUAAAAGUAGUUGCCAACACAGUCAGAAUGAUCAUCUUGAUAGCCUGGAUGGGAGUUUCUUUGACUUUACUGAAACACUGGAUGAUUCUUCUUAUGAAGGCGAUAAUGGAAUCCCUGACUUAAAACUGGUUCAAAAAAUUGUAAGUCAGGUAGAAUUUUACUUGUCAGAUGAGAAUUUGUCUCACGAUGCUUUCCUGCUUAAACACGUUCAGAAGAACAAGAUGGGUUAUGUCAGCAUAAAACUUCUUACAUCUUUUAAAAAGAUAAAAUCCCUGACAAGAGACUGGCGCAAAACUCUGUAUGCUUUGCGGUUUUCAGAACAUCUUGAAGUCAAUGAAGAAGAAACCAAAGUAAGAAGGAAAAAGCCAUUACCUGACUAUCUUCUUGGACUUUCACCCACCAAGCAGAUAUUGGCUUGGAAUGUAUUCUAUCCAGAGAAAAGAUCUUUUAGUUGUCAACAAAAAAAUACAAUGGAGAUUGUAAAUUCUCUUUUUGCGACUUAUGGUGUAAUCACUUCCAUUCGUAUUUUAAAACCAGGAAAGGAAGUUCCUAGUGACAUUAAGAAGUACAUGUCAAGGUAUCCUGAACUAUCUACUAAGAGUUGUGCUUUGGUUGAAUAUGAGAAUUUAGAAGGAGCCAGGAAGGCUCUUGAAGCACAUAGUGGGAAAGUGUCCUCUAAAAAUAUUGACAGGAUCAAGGUAAUCCCUGUAAGUGGCCGAGGUACAAGAAAAAAAAAUGUCAUUGAUACUGGUGAAUACGAGGACUCAGGCCUACCAGACAAAAAGAUGACAAGAAAAGAAAUUAGAGCCAUGGAAAGACUUCAUUAUACAACUGAAGAUUCUUCAUUCUAUAGUUCAUCUGAGUCAGACAGUACUCCUGCUUCCCCAGUCUUAACACCACGGUACCUUUCACCUCUAACUUUUUCCAGCCCUAGUAUGAUGUUUAAGCCACAGUUCUUUAGUAGCCCACGGUCCAUCACAUUCUUGGCUCGAAAGAGCCUGUCUCAUUCCCAUAACCCUUCUCCUUUAGCUUCUGAACUAGGAAAUGGAGAUUACCCAAGCCCUGGCACAAGCCCAGAGUUUUCCCGUAAAAGUUCAGACCACUCUGCAGAGAAUGCAGUGAGUUCUACAAGUCCUUGGGUCCAACGCCGCAAGGCUGCAGCCCACAACCUACUAGUAGAAAAUAAGCCACUUCCAUGUAGUCCUCUUGCACUUAAGAAGUUGCCAGUUUGUCUUGGCCUAAAUAAUGGGGUAAUUCGUCACCCAUAUGGGCCAGAUGGCAGCAAAGGGUUCCACAACUGCAUUGGCAGAGGUAAGCUGGUACUACGGAACUAAGUGUAUUUCUCUAUGUUGAAAUUCAACUUUCUAGGUUGUGUUAAUUAUUUAGAAUUUAGAAGGGUGGCCCGUAGUACUUAACAUAUAUAUUUAUACAUCGACGUAAUUUUUUACUGUAACAGGGAAAAAUAGUACAGUCAGAUAAAACGACUCAUAUUCCACAGGAUAUUUGUCUGAAUUGUCUGACUAUUUUCACACAUCAGUAAUUGGCUUUAUUACAAAGAUACCCAUCUUAAGACCUAUGUCUGUUUUCUUGCAGAAGAGCGAUUCACUUUAAAAAUCUGACUCCGGAAUCCUUUAAUGAUGCUUAGUUACUUCUGUUUCUUCCUUUUUCUUAAACUUCUUCAUCUUUAGACCUGCUAACAAAAUGCAGUGUUUGGAAUGAGGUGCUCCUAUAAUAUUAUAUAUGCAAAUGUGAUGUUUUUGAAUAAAGUAUGGGUUUUCCUGUAACCAUGUUAAACUUUUAUGCAAAUCUUAUUACCAUAACUGGUUUCUGACUGCUAAUGACUAAUUUUUAACUUUAAACAGUUUGAGCAAGGGUAUAAAAUAAAUUGAAGGCGUGUGCUUAAGUAUCCUCUUCCUUUAUGUAUUAAGGACAGACCCUUCUCUAUGCCAUAAACAGUCUCCCUGGAGUCGGUGUGAUGUACCCAUCAUGUACAUGGCAAAAUAAUACAGGGAGAGAUGCUACAAGCAGCACGGAAGCAUAACUUUAUUUGCAUACAGUUUGUAAUGUUUGAGUGCAAUACUCUGAAUUAUAAUAAAACAUAUCUUAGUACUUCCCAGGCCUUCUGAAUGACACUAAAUGACUUUUAGUGUGGCUUUAUGUUCUAGAAUAGAUGCAUGCUACACAUUUCUCCUUGUUCUCACCAUGAUUUCUAGUUCAUUAGUGAUAGUUUUCUGGUAUGAAAUGUCCCAUUCAUACCCCCUUUGCUUUCAAUGUUUGUUUUAAUUUGAGUUCUUAACGUAAUGCUUAAAUAGAGCUAUUUUAAAAAAUGGCUUGUCAUUUUCACUUCUUUAAUAUCCUAGCAUACAAUAGAACUUUUGGAUGCAAAUUGGUACAAAAAAACUUGCCUGGCCUAACUAACUUGUGUAUAUUUUGAAAAAAUGUCUCGUGUUGUCCUGCAUGCACUGUUACUUAUGAAAGUAUUGAUGGUAAUGUAUGCAUUAAUAAAAUGUAAGCUAAUAUAAAUAUUUAAAAUUGUAUAAUAGUAUCCGAUUUGAACUGUUGGAAAUAAAGAACUUCUCUGAU